AGCAAGCAAAGAAAACGGAAAAAUAAAAGCGUAUUAAGAUUUCGUGUGGAAAGUAAAAAUGCUGUAGGCGCAGUGUAAAAUGCAUAUAUUGCAGAUAAAUCGCGUUUGUGAGAUGCUUAAACGCGAAUUCAACAUUAAGUCGGUGCAGAACUUCAAGGUGCAAUAACACAAAUACCCGAAUUAUCGAAUAAACCAAAGUGCAAUUGGCCAGUUGAGACUACAACCAGAGAGACUAACAACAACAACAACAACAACAACAGCAGCAACAGUGAAAUAAUAAUAUAACCUUGUGUUUUGUUUUUUCGUGGAUCACAAAUAAGCAUAUAUACACAGAAUUAAUCGAGUUGCAAACGGUGUAAAAAGUGAUUAAAUAAUAAAGGUUUAACAGGAAAACAGAGUUAUUGUGUGUGCCAGUGUGUGUGUGCGUAGUGACAACAAUACAAACGCAGCGACCAAUACAAGCGCACAGAUAGUUUUCAUACGUAGGAAAAUACCGAAAGUAACAGCGAUAAAUAAUACAAAACAACAACGAAGAGUCUCAAAAAGUGCUGGAAAAACUCGCGAUAAGAAAAACAGGAACCUCCACAUCGGCAGAUCACUUGAAUGCUGCCGCACUUUGACAUCCAGAGACACAAUGGUUUCGUUAAUUGACACAAUCGAAGCGGCGGCCGAGAAACAGAAGCAAUCCCAAUCGGUGGCCACCAACUCCUCCUCCUCCUCCUCAUCCUCCUCGUUUUCGGCCUCCCCACCAUCUUCGUCCGUUGGCUCCCCAGCUCCUGGCGCCCAAAAAUCCAAUCUCACCGCCAGCGGCAAACCAAAGGAGAAACGAAGGAACAAUGAGAAGCGCAAGGAAAAGUCUCGCGAUGCGGCUAGAUGUCGUCGCUCCAAGGAGACGGAGAUUUUCAUGGAACUCUCUGCGGCUUUGCCAUUGAAAACCGACGAUGUCAAUCAACUGGACAAGGCCUCCGUGAUGAGGAUCACUAUCGCUUUCCUCAAGAUUCGCGAGAUGCUGCAGUUCGUGCCCAGCUUGCGCGACUGCAAUGAUGCCAUUAAACAGGACAUUGAAGCUCUAGAGGAUCAGCAGGAGAUCAAGCCCAAGCUAGAAGUGGGCAGUGAGGAUUGGCUCAACGGCGCUGAGGCCAGAGAGCUCCUUAAGCAGACCAUGGAUGGAUUCCUACUGGUCCUCUCUCACGAGGGAGACAUCACCUACGUGUCCGAAAACGUAGUCGAGCAUCUGGGCAUCACCAAGAUUGACACACUUGGCCAACAGAUCUGGGAGUACUCGCACCAGUGCGAUCACGCCGAGAUCAAGGAGGCUCUCAGCCUGAAGCGUGAGAUUGCGCAGAAGGUCAAGGAUGAACCGCAGAAGGACUCUGGCGUGAGCACCCAUCACCGGGAUCUGUUUGUGCGCUUGAAGUGCACCUUGACCAGCCGUGGACGCAGCAUCAACAUCAAGAGCGCUUCGUAUAAGGUCAUUCACAUCACCGGUCACUUGGUGGUCAAUGCCAAGGGCGAGCGCCUGCUGAUGGCCAUUGGCCGACCCAUUCCGCAUCCGUCAAACAUUGAGAUUCCUUUGGGAACCAGCACCUUCCUAACCAAACACUCUCUGGAUAUGAGUUUCACCUAUGUGGAUGACAAGAUGCAAGACUUGUUGGGAUAUUCGCCCAAGGAUCUACUUGACACCUCUUUGUUUUUGUGCCAGCAUGGAGCGGAUUCCGAACGCCUGAUGGCCACCUUCAAGAGCGUGCUGAGCAAGGGACAGGGCGAGACCUCCCGCUACAGAUUCCUGGGAAAAUGUGGUGGCUACUGCUGGAUUCUUAGCCAGGCCACGAUCGUCUACGAUAAGCUGAAGCCACAGAGCGUCGUUUGCGUGAACUACGUCAUAAGUAAUCUUGAGAAUAAACAUGAGAUAUACUCACUUGCUCAACAAACGGCUGCAAGUGAGCAAAAGGAACAACAACAACACCACCACCAAGCAGCUGAAACCGAAGAGGAGCCCGAAAAAUCAGCAGAUCCCGAAAUAAUCCUUGAGGAAACCAAGGAAACAGUGAACACAACCAUUUCCUUAGAGCCGGAAACUAAGCCUCUGCAAAUUGAGAGCGAGCAAGCAGAGAAAGCCAUAGAGGAAACCAAAACAAGUGCAACAAACCCACCAGUAACUGCAACCUCCACGGCUGACCAGAUAAAGCAGCUGCCCGAGAGCAAUCCCUACAAGCAGAUCCUCCAGGCGGAGUUGCUGAUCAAGCGGGAGAACCACUCGCCAGGACCACGCACCAUCACUGCCCAGCUGCUCAGCGGCAAUAGCAGUAGCAGUAGCAGUAGCAGCGGACUGCGUUCCGGGGAGAAGCGUCCCAAGUCGGUGACCGCUUCGGUCCUCCGCCCGAGUCCCGCUCCACCACUGACCUCGCCGCCCACAUCGGUCCUCUGCAAGAAGUCACCGCUUGGCGUGGAGCCUACUCUGCCGCCCACCACCACCGCCACGGCAGCCAUAAUCUCCUCGAGCAAUCAGCAGCUGCAGAUCACACAGCAAACCCAACUGCAGAAUCCCCAGCAACCAGCUCAAGAUAUGAGUAAAGGAUUCUGCUCGCUGUUUGCCGACGAUGGACGAGGUCUGACAAUGCUUAAGGAAGAACCUGACGAUUUGUCCCACCACCUGGCCUCCACCAAUUGCAUCCAGCUGGACGAGAUGACGCCCUUCAGUGACAUGCUGGUUGGCCUCAUGGGCACCUGCCUGCUGCCCGAGGACAUCAACUCCCUGGACUCGACCACCUGCUCCACGACGGCAAGCGGCCAGCACUACCAGAGCCCCAGCAGCAGCAGCACCUCUGCACCCAGCAAUACCAGUAGCAACAGCAAUAGCUAUGCCAACAGUCCGCUCAGCCCGCUCACACCCACACCCACGGCCAACGCUAGCAAUCCCAGUCAUCAGCAGCAGCAGCAACAGCAGCAUCACAACCAGCAGCAGCAGCAACAACAGCAGCAGCAGCAGCAGCAGCAUCAUCCACAGCACCACGACAACAGCAACAGCAGCAGCAACAUCGAUCCGCUGUUCAACUAUCGCGAGGAGUCGAAUGACACCAGCUGCUCCCAGCACCUGCACUCGCCCAGCAUCACAUCAAAGAGUCCCGAGGACAGCAGCCUCCCAUCGCUGUGCAGUCCCAACUCGCUGACCCAGGAGGAUGAUUUCUCGUUCGAGGCCUUCGCCAUGCGUGCUCCCUACAUCCCGAUCGAUGAUGAUAUGCCGCUGCUAACGGAGACGGAUCUCAUGUGGUGCCCACCGGAGGAUCUGCAGACCAUGGUGCCCAAGGAGAUCGAUGCCAUACAGCAGCAGUUGCAACAGCUGCAGCAGCAACAUCACCAGCAAUACGCCAACAACAAUGGCUACCAGCAACAGCAACAGCAGCAGCAGCAGCAGCAACUGCAGCAGCAGCAUUUCUCCAACUCCCUGUGCUCGUCGCCAGCCUCAACAGUCUCGUCAUUGUCGCCAUCGCCCGUGCAGCAGCACCAUCAGCAGCAGCAGGCGGCGGUCUUCACCAGCGAUUCCAGCGAACUGGCGGCGUUGCUGUGCGGUUCCGGAAAUGGAACACUGUCGAUCCUGGCAGGAAGUGGUGUUCCGGUUGCGGAGGAGUGCAACGAGCGGCUCCAGCAACAUCAGCAGCAGCAGCAGCAACAGCAACAGCAGAGUGGCACCGAGUUCAGGACUUUCCAGCAGCUGCAGCAGGAGUUGCAGUUGCAGGAGGAGCAGCAGCAGCGUCAGCAGCAGCAGCAGCAGCAACAACAGCAGCAGCAGCAACAGCAGUUACUCAGCCUGAACAUCGAGUGCAAAAAAGAGAAAUACGAUGUGCAAAUGGGAGGCAGCUUAUGUCAUUCCAUGGAGGAUGCAUUUGAGAAUGACUACAGCAAGGACUCCGCAAAUCUGGACUGCUGGGACCUGAUCCAAAUGCAGGUGGUGGACACGGAACCCGUGAGUCCCAACGCCGCAUCUCCUGCUCCCUGCAAGGUGUCUGCCAUCCAGUUGCUCCAGCAACAGCAGCAACUGCAGCAGCAGCAGAACAUCAUCUUGAAUGCAGUGCCAUUGAUCACCAUACAGAAUAACAAGGAAUUGAUGCAACAGCAGCAGCAGCAGGAGCAGCUGCAGCAGCCCGCUAUCAAAUUGCUGAAUGGAGCCAGCAUUGCGCCGGUGACCACCAAGGCCACCAUUCGCCUAGUGGAGAGCAAGCCGCUCACCACGACGCAGUCUCGAGUGGCCAAGGUGAACCUCGUGCCCCAGCAGCAGCAGCAGCAGCAGCAUGGAAACAAGCGACACCUGAAUAGCGCGACAGGAGCAUGCAAUCCCGUGGAGUCGAAGCGCCUGAAGAGCGGAACCAUCUGCCUGGAUGUGCAGUCGCCACAGCUGCUGCAGCAGCUGAUUGGCAAGGAUCCUGCCCAGCAGCAAGCCCAAGCAGCCAAGCGAGCGGGCAGUGAGCGCUGGCAACAAUCGGCGGAGAGCAAGCAGCAGAAGCAGCAGCAACAGCAGUCGAACUCGGUGCUGAAGAACCUGCUGGUCAGCGGACGCGAUAAUGACGAGUCCGAGGCAAUGAUAAUCGAUGAGGACAACUCCCUGGAGCAGCCAACUCCACUGGGCAAAUAUGGCUUGCCCCUGCACUGUCACACGUCCACGUCGUCGGUGCUGCGGGACUACCACCACAACCCGCUGAUCAGUGGCACCAACUUUCAGCUGUCUCCAGUCUUCGGAGGCUCCGACUCUGGCGGAGGUGACGGCGAGACCGGUUCAGUGGUUUCCCUUGAUGACUCCGUGCCCCCUGGCCUGACAACCUGCGACACGGAUGCCUCCAGCGACAGCGGCAUCGACGAGAACAGCCUGGUGGAUGGAUCAUCAGGGUCACCGCGUAAGAGGAUGCUCCCAAGCUCCAUCAGCACUGAACAGGUUGAGUGUGCAGCACGCCCUUCGCAAGUGGUGACUCCAGUGAGCCAGAAGUCGUUGGAAGAGGAGCUCGACGGAUGCGCAACUGGCAGUAACGCCCCCAGCAGGAAGACUUCCAUCUCGUUCCUGGACAGCAGCAAUCCACUGCUGCACACGCCGGCGAUGAUGGACCUGGUGAACGACGACUACAUCAUGGGCGAGGGUGGCUUCGAGUUCAGCGAGAACCAGUUGGAGCAGGUCCUGGGUUGGCCAGAAAUCGCCUAGAUUCAGUACUUUAGUAGCAUGCACUGCAUUUGACAGUAGGCAUUUUUUUUUGGCGAAGGACUAGAGAGAAAACAUUGAAAUUAAACUGAGCAUCGAGAAGGAAGCUAACCAAAAGAUUGAUUUUGAGCCUUGCGUGAAAGUACGAACCCAACUUGACAACCGGACAGGACCCAUGCCCACCAACCCCCAAACCAGAUCGAACACUUGACCUCUGACCCCUGACCCCUGGCCGCGACACCGACCCCAUGCUAACCGACACAUUUACAAACAGGAAGGGUUAAUCACACUUGAAUAGUUUUGUAGCCAUGUUAACUGCCUAGAACAGAAGAAUAUACACGUAUGUAAUUUAGUCUUAAUGUUUUUCUAUAUGCAAACCGUUUUACACAACAAAUGGAUGAGGAGCAACAUAGCAGAGGAGGUGGAAAACCAGUCGAAACAUAAAUAUAAACCUAUAGUUUACAAGAAGAGAAAAAAAAAAACGUUGAAAAAUGUUCAUAGUUUUUUGCUGGAAGGCUCAAAGAAGUUUUUUGGUGAUGGUUGUAUUCUGUUUUAUAACUUUCAAGCAAAAAUGCUGUGACGACAAAAAAAGUUUUUGAACACGUUUUACAAUAAAUAUUAAAAAAAUAGAAAAAAAACUAAAAAAAAUCUUAUAUAGUUAUGUAAUAUUUAGUUUAAGAUUUUAAUUUCAAUGUUUUCAAGUGCUACAGUGAAUGCUUGUAGUAAUUAUAAUAUUUUUAACAUUAACUAAUUGAACUAAGUGAAAAUUGUAACCCAUUCAGUUGAUCUUAACUUCAGGCUAUACUUUUGAGCAUUUCUAUAAAUUUACUUUGUGUCAAACAUUUUCAAUCACUUACGGAUUUCUUAUUCCUGAUUACCAAUUCUUUAUGUAAAUUAGUUAUAAUUCUGUCUAAGGCGCAUCAUACAAUACAAACUGUUUGCUUGCUUAAAUCCAAAUUUAUAUCCAAAUUCAAUCAAUGUUCAGUGUUUCCAAACUUGUUUUAAUAUAUUAAUUGGCAAAAUAAAUCUAGAAUUCAUUUCGAUGAAAGUUGCAUGCA